AAUACCUACUCAUGCUUAUCAAUGUCUACAAAUGAUCAUCAGUGCCUGAAAAUGCUAGUGAAUGCCUGUCCCAUGCUUAUCAACGUCGGAAAGCCCCUAAAGGAUUUUGCUCACGUCUAUCAAUGUCUGCUACUAAUGAAUACUGCUUUGGAGUAACUACAUAUUCAAGUCCUGAAGCCACAAGAAACAUAAUCAAUAAAUCUACUUUGCCGCUAUCCGCCAAACUCUAUCAAACUCUGCUACAGGUCGCACUUCUUUACACUGGAUCACCCCGAAAUGCUCCUAUUGUUAUGGCUCUGCCUCUACAGCUGAUGAAUCGCCCGUAAACCCUCCCUUGCUGCUGAGCUCGAUGGUUGCGAUGCUCCAAAGGUUCAAUAUUCCGAUGUCUCCACGGUCAUCACCCCUUUCGAAACGCUUCGUCCUAGGUACUUAGAAGUGCACUCUUUGUACGUUGAAGCACCUCUUUCGUUGAACUUACCGUGGUAUGGUUUUGAGAUUGAGUUUUUAUUUUUGAGUUUUGAGCCUUGAGUGCUCCUUAUUCAUGGAGGGUUUACACCGUGUAGUCUUCUGGCAUGCAGUCUAUGGUUCUAGUCAUCUUGGGUUUGAAAGCUAGCGAUAAUGUGGCCUUCUGGACUUAUGGAAAGAAAGAAAGAAAAAAUCUCUAUUUGCUCUCUUAACUUGGCUAUCAAAAAGAAAAUCUCUACUAAUCCAAAACUCACUCCCUCUCUUUGGAAAUCAAACUAUUGCUUACUUUAAUAAAAACUUCAUUCUGUUACUCCUAUACUUUGGCUUUUUGUUUAAUCUUGAUAAAAUAUAUUCGCUUGACGCACUUUUCUUUAUCUCUGAUAAUCCAAGGAAACAGCAGCUUAAUGAUUACUUCAUGUGCAUCACUAUGGAGUAGCUUGUAGCAACAAUCACUAUAUAAUCUCACAUAGAUAGUCCUCAUCAGUGGCAU